UGCUGCCCAGGGAUGGAGGCGAGGAAGCUAAAUGCGAGGAGAACACAAGGUAAUAAUGGCAAAGGGUCAGGUGUUGGAGAUGAAGCCCCAGCAGCGCCACAUGGCAGCGUCUCCACUCGUCCUCUGUCCACCGCGGCUCGUCUCUACGUGUACGCGCUGCACGGCUGCCUCUGUGAGGUGGCCUUCACCGCCGUGUGGGACUGGUGCAGCACCCGGGACCGGAGCCUGCCGGGCCACAGCAGCCUGUGGGCGCUGCCUAUGUACGCCACCGCCAUCUACCUCAUGGAGCUCCUGAGAGGCCGGCUGCUGGCUCAGCAUCUCCCGCUGCCGGUGCGUCUGGCCGCCUACACCACGUUCAUCUACCUGUGGGAGUUCAGCUGGGGGGCGGGGCUGAGGCUGCUGGGGGCGUGUCCCUGGGACUACUCAGGGCAUCGCUAUAACCUCGGAGGACUGGUGACUCUGGAGUACGCACUGCCCUGGACUGUGGCGGCAUUUAUAGCUGAGCAUCACGUGAUCAGGAACACUCUGAGGAUAACGCUGCACGACUGAACUCAAGUCAGUCUGGAAAACUGUGCUUCCAGAAACAACUAGCAUUUAUGGACCUUGUUUUCAGAACAAUUUUCGCAUUUUGAUGUUUAACCCUUUAUUGGGUGAAGAACUAUAUUCGGUAACUUCAGUGGAGAUCUAAACUAGGACCUCGUGUCUCUCUGUGAGGUCGUAGAACCACAUGGAUUUCUUCCAGCUAAUCAGCAAAGAUCAGGCUACGUCACAGACAGUGACACCAUGACAUCUGACCAAUCAGUAUGAUAAUAAUAUAAUAAUAUUAACUUUACUGGCCUCACUGCAAAAAAAGAAAAGUUGGGUAAACUCAAAAUUUCAAGGCAACAAACUUCGAUAAAAUUUUAAGUUGGACAAUUAAACUAAAUAUUUUAAGUUUUGUUUUUGAGUUUGCUCAACUCUGAAUUCAGAUUUUUGUCAACUCAACUGUAAGUUGUACUAACUUACAAUUUUACAUUGUAAUAACUUUUAAUCCUUACUUCUGCAAUGUGCUGAAUUGGCACGAUUGUAAUGGCGCUAUGAAAUGUCAGCUAAUAGUGCAACCACAAUUUUGCAUUAGCAUUGCUAACUAACGGCUACUCUUGUAGCUGUAACAAGCAGCGCCGCUAGCAUCAGUUAGCCGCUAGCAUCAGUUAGCUGCUAGCUUUUGCUAAUGAAUUUCACCGCUUUCCUGCAUUUCACAACAAAGAAAUAAGAGUUAGCAGAACUAUUGUCCCUUGUUGUGAACCCCAACUUAAAGAUAUAAGUAACAACAACUCACCAACUUGUUUUUGAGCAGACAACUGGCUUCCUUUGUUGUGCUAACUUACAUUAUUGCCCUAAAUGUCAAUAAUUUAUAUUUCCAAGUUUUACCAACUUAAAUCACUGUUUUAGGCCAAAAAAUACAAGUUGGCUUUUUUGCAGUGUCAUGGUGACUAAGUCCAUUAUUCAUAUACAGUCUAUGGAAUAAACCAGCAUUGAGCAGAGCUGAUACUGUCACACAGCAGACACCGGUAUGUGAGCCAUGUUUUUUUCCAGGUGAUUUUUAUCUUACAACAAGUACACACCUAUCCUACACCCUUAUCUUAUCUCAACAAAAAUUUGGCCAGUCAGUUCUGGCUUUCUUUGGAAAAUUCCCUGAUAAAUACGUGGUGUUGGAUAAAUAAGAAGCUGACAAACUCAAUGUGGCACGCAACACAUGAAUAUAAUUCAACAGUGUGAUGAGUGUUCCUAAAACAUGUCGGAACUGGUUUAGCAUACUUUCAGCCAAUGUGAAAAUAUAUUAGGAGGCUGAUACUACUGAGAGUGAAAGUGAUCUCUUUUCUACUAUU